AUGGAGAAGAGCACGAUUCAGGUCGACGAGCUCGACGAAUCCGAUGAUUUUCUUCUCGAACUCGCCGCAAUCGAAGCGGAAGCAGAAGCGGCGUCGGCGGCGAAACGCCCUAAGGUCGCUGUCGUCCCCGUACCGGAGGGACCUUACAUGGCGGCUCUAAAGGGAAGCAAAAGCGAGCAGUGGCAGCUGAAUCCGCUCAACCCCGCCUCCAAAUCUCGCGGCGGUUUUCAAGGCGGGACCGUGAAUUCGAAUUAUCCGGCUGGGAAUUAUGGAUCGGAGGCGGGUGAGCAGGAUUUUCCGGAGAAGAACUGUCCCUGUGGAAAUGGUGUGUGUUCGAUUCUCACGUCAAACACGCAGAAGAAUCCAGGCCGAAAGUUCUACAAAUGCCCUAACAGAGAGGAAAACGGAGGUUGUGGGUUUUUCCAGUGGUGUGAUGCAGUGGUUCAGUCUUCCGGAACUCAGCAUAGUUAUGGAAACACUUACGAAUCCAAGUUCCCUGAUCUCCAGUGUCCGUGUGGUGCUGGAUUGUGCCGUGUUCUCACUGCUAAAACUGGAGAAAACAUUGGCAGGCAGUUCUAUCGCUGUCCUGUUUUUGAGGGCUCUUGUGGUUUCUUCAAAUGGUGCAAUGAUGACGCAGUCAAAGCUUCUACAACGUAUAGCUUUACCAGUAACAUCAACGUGGAGAGUGUUACAAAUGCGGGAAGCAAGGACAUUGGGCGAGAGACUGCACCGGUCAAUCUGGUAGUCAACAGUUUCAAUCAUCAGGGCAAGGAAAGCCUGCCUCCUCGGGUGGAGAAUGUUACAAAUGCGGAAAACCGGGACACUGGGCAAGAGAUUGCACUGUGGCUGUUCAAUCCACAGGCGUUUCAGGUAAAAGACAGAGGGAGUACUAGGUCAGGCUUUCUAAGCUCUGAAUCUGAUCUGUGGUCUAGAACUCGUAGGGUUUUGCUAGUGUAG